AUGGCAGUUCCAGCUGUGCUUGUGGUCGGCGGGGGGGCUUUUGGUACGUCGACCGCAUAUCACUUGUCUAUGCGAGGCUACACUAGAGUCAAAGUGCUGGAUAGGUUUGCGGCCCCGUCCAAAGAUGCUGCCGCCACAGAUUUGAACAAGAUCAUUCGCUAUGACUAUCCAAACCCUCUGUACACGAAGCUGGGCCUGGAAGCCAUGGCGGUGUGGAACAGCCCAAAUCACCUGUUGUCGGGCAUGUUUCGCCAUACUGGUUGGCUCAUGGGAGCACAUGGGAUGACGCAGGACUUUCUCCGGUCCGCGUAUGAGUCGAGCCAAAAGGCUGGCUUGGAUGGGGUUCGAUACAUGGACGUGAGCGAGAUCAAGCAAAGGUGGCCCCAGUUUACGGGUGAUUUCAACGGCUGGACGAAUCUGUGGAGCCCGGAAGCAGGAUGGGCAUAUGGCAAUCGCCUUCCUCCAAGUGUUCCCUCUGGUCAAGCACUCCUUCGACUGGCAAAUGCGGUUCAAGCAAAUGGCGUCGAGUACGUUUCCGGCGACCGCGGAUGGGUGCAACGAUUGCUGUACGAUGAUGGCGGCGCGUGCAUUGGCGCUCUGACCAAGAAUGGCGAAACACAUCUGGCGGAUAUUGUCGUGCUAUGUACUGGUGCUAAUACUGCAGCCCUGAUUGAGGCAAAAGACGAAAUCAUUGCUCGGUCGCAUUGCGUUGGUAUCAUUCAACUCACGCCGCAAGAAGCAGAAAAGUACAGGAGCUUGCCAAUAGUCGAUGACUUCGAACAAGGAAUUUUGUUCCCACCUGACGAAAACAAUCUGCUGAAGCUCUGCAGCUGCCGCUUCAUCACCAACUACUGCAACUCGAGGAUUGCAGGAGCGUCACUGGGUCAUUCACACGAAGACUUCCCCGAGGAUGGCGUCCCGAGGCAGAUCGAGGAGGAGAUGCGCGAGUUCGUGCGUGACCAGAUUCCCGAGCUUGCUGAUCGUGAAUGGGUGUCGACAAGAAUGUGCUGGGAUGGAGAUACCAAGGACAUCAACUUCCGAAUCUGUCCAUCGCCGACGAAUGCAAAUCUAUUCAUUGCCACCGCAGGGUCAGGUCAUGGAUUCAAAUUCAUGCCCAUCAUCGGCAAGUAUGUGGCCGACAUGAUCGAAGGUAAAUUGGACGCCGAAUACGCGGAGUUGUGGAAGUGGCGGUUUGGGGCAGCACCUGAAUACUCUGAAAGACUGGAAAUAUCAGGCUAUGCUUCGGCUUACGAUAGAAUGCUUUGUCAAAUUCUCGAAAAAUCCUACGAAAAAUCGACCAAAACAUGGACCAUCAGCCUCAGGGCAUGUACCGAGUCGUAUGAUCUACACUUCUGUAACCCCUUUUCUGAGGAAGACGAAGAAGAGUUGACUUGGUUCUUCGAAGAAUAUACCAAGUUUCCUCUCCUCGGCUCUGCCAGAGCUGCCAGACUGGUUGAAAAGCUAGAAGACUACGGAAAAUCGCUUUUUCGGCAAACAAUAGGUGCCAUCCCGCACAGCAACAUUGCGAGGAAGUAUCAAGAGUUGAGAGAUAAACAAAAUCUGAGUGAUAUAAGUAUUGAAAUCGUGGGCUCGCCGGCCUUUCAUUGUUUGCAUUGGGAGGUUAUCAGAGACCAUGAUUCAAGCUCCAAUAGCAAGCCCCUGGCUCUCGAUAUUGAUAUUGCCCGCCGGCCGUCUAUACGUGUGCAGCUGGAGCCGCAUCCCGAGAAACCAUCAAAAGAAGGCGAAGCGUGUUUUUACAACCUACCAUCAAGACAGCUUCGUGUUCUUGCUGUGGUUGCGCGUCCAUCUGGCACACAAGAUGCUGGGCUGCGGGUGAUUUCAAAGCCGCUUUUGAGAGCGAUCUCUUCUCCCGAAUCAGGCGAUUCACUGAUUGGCCAGUUGGAUGUUGUUCGGCCGGGAACGUUUGAGGAGUUCCAACAGAGGCUUGGAGAAGCCAAAAAGAAGGGAUUACAGUUUGACGUGGUACAUUUUGACAUGCAUGGAUCUCUUAGGCCUGACACCAAGGAAGCAGUACUUUCAUUUCAGGCUAAAAAUGGCCAUGGGGGCAACGAUGUGCCCGGAAGUGUUAUCGCUUCGGCACUGGGGCCUUACAACAUUCCAGUAGUGAUCCUUAACGCGUGCAGCUCUGGGCGGGAGACGGGACAAGGGAACAGCAGCAUUGGCAGCGUCUUCGCAAGUUCGGGUGUGCCAUUCGUUGUUGCUAUGCGUUACGAUGUCCCCAUCCUAACGGCAGUAACAAUAACAGAUUGUCUGUAUCAGCAUAUUGUUCGAAAAAAAUCUCUGUCUGGCUUAUUGCCCGCGGUCAGAGCGUCAUUAUUCCACGGGAACCCGCUCAAAGACAUUCACAGUCCCAAAUCGUCGUCUCUCGACUGGCUUAUUCCAGUUACCUAUAUAGGACAGUCUCCGUGGCUUAGUGUGGUACCGCAAGAACAUGAAUCCAGCGAGCAAUCUAAGAAUGCACUAAGGAAGGCAUUUUCUGGACAUGCUGGCAGUGCCAGUGAUGCACUCUUUGUCGGACGGGAAGAUGAUAUUUUGAAAAUUGAAACUAUUCUCAAUGACGAAGAGAGCCCGAAGUCUGUGAACUUAUAUGGCCUACGGGGGAUUGGCAAAAGCGCACUGGUUGCUCAUCUCGCCGCCUGGUGGUCUGUUACUGGUUUUGUCACGAAAGUUCUCUGGUUCGCUGGAUCACAUCAAUAUCUGCCUGCGCAAAGAAUUCUCGAAAUGGCUGCACAUCAACUUGGGUUUCAAGGGACAGCUGGGGAAAUUUCCCUCCAAAAUCAAGAAUUCACGCAGUUCCUUGGGCGAUCGAUGACCUCAGAACAAUGUCUUGUAAUCUUCAAGGAUAUGGCUAUUCCUCGGAAGACAAGAGAACAGGCUGAGUCGCAAGCAGAAGCACAGCAGUUGCAUACGGUUCUCACCAUGCUCGAUAAUAACGCCAAGUUCAUUUUGAUCGAACAACGUGAACCUGAUUGGCCUCUGCCAUCAACAUCUUAUCAGCUACUCGGGCUGAGUGAUUUGGAAGUACUUCAGCUUGCCUCCCUCCUGGUCGGACGCCACCAUUCGAAAAUGUGGGACCCUGACGAGGCAAAGUCAUUGAUUAAAAUGUGCUCUGGGGUUCCUGCGGCUGUGAAAUUCACGACGACGAGAUUUGCAACCAAAAAAUCUUUGAAAGAUAAACUGGUGGUUUUUGAGCCGUGGAGGCACACAGAAGAAUUGCCUGAGUUGCAAAAUGCUAGUAGCACUUUCUUUGCAGAGGCAGAGUUUGAGUGGGAGUCUGUUACAGAGUCCCAAAAGAGAUUUCUGUCGUUCUUUCACCUAUUGGCAACAGGAAUCAAUCGACAAACGCUGAAGGAAUUGGCGCAAAGAGAGUCACUGGAGUCUCAACCAGCAAAUCCUGAAUGUGAGGCAUUUGAGGAUCUAUUGAGUAUGCUCGCUUCUGCUGGCUUUCUCACCGCUGAAACAUUAUCUGGUUCAGCUUCACAGACGGGCGCAAGUCAGUUUUUAAGACUACACCCAUUGCUUACGCCGAUGAUGAGGUACAAACUUGCUCUGACAGCCUCUGAUUCGGCAGCGGUGGAGUCCAUAUUUGUUGAAAUUUUCUGCGCCAGAGCACGAAAAUACACCGAAUCUUUGCGGAGGGUGAAGGACCGUCAGCGCCUCGAGAAUUUCAAAUCUCUACAGCAAGAUGCUGAUAAUUUACACACAGCCAUGAAUCUUGCACUCCGUCACCGAAAGGUCCCCGAAGCGUUUGCGAUAUAUGAUUUACUCAACUUGUAUCAUCAAGAAGGAAAGACACCAAGUGACGGGGCCUCGAUUUGUGAAUCGUUUCUCGGUCAGCUCUCUGCGGUAGGGAUCCAGCCGCCAAGUCCAGUACAUGUGUCAAUUUUGCUUGAUCGAGGACGCAUGUUAUGCUCGUCUCACAACAUCAAUCAAGCUUUCGACGAAGCCAAAGCGUGCUACAAGGAAGCCACCGAAAUGUUGGGCAAAGUGGAUUCCGAUGGAACAUUUCGACUGCUAAGUCUUCAAAUAUCGGACUCCUUUGGCGGUGUCGCCUUUCAAGAACAGCGAUACGACGAAGCUAUACAACAUUACAGCAAUGGUCUCGAGCAGACUAGGGAACAAGAGAACCCAAGCCCAGGAUAUCAAGCAAUGCAGACCAGAUUCUUGCUCUGUCUAGGUUUUUGUAACAUUUGCCUUGGAAGGGAAUACUAUGAUGUCGGAUUGGACUAUCUUCGACAGGCCAGAGAAGGUGCUGUUGUCCGCAAUGAUGCCCAAUCUGUAGCGGACAUUGAUGCACUAAUGUACCUUCUCAGUGAAGGAGAUCAGGCAACGCGCGAAAAGAGGUUCAAACAUGCGAGGGCACACUUUCUCAGGGGUAAUGACCUAUCCCGCUUUCUGGGCACGUUGAGCUUUCCUGCAACGGUCACUGCAACCGAGACAGAACGUGGUGUUACGCUGUACAACACAUCAGUGCUUACUCAUGGUCUUAGGAAAGCCCAAUGGACUGAAAAUAAAAAGGCAGAGCUGGAGACAUUAAUUCUACUGGCAAGCAACGAAAUCAACCUGGACAACCGAGAGGAAGCCAAGAGUCUGUGUGAGCGUGUGCUGCAGCUUUGCGAGUCUGCAACUUUAGAGAACGCCCCUUUUCGAGUACACGCCAUGCGUAUGCUAGGAUGUGUCGCUUUGGAGACUGACCAUUUUGAUGAAGCCCUGGAAUACUUCGAAGAAGGUAUUGGCAUUCUUUCCAAGCUACCAGAGAUCAGCGGGCUCCAACGUCAAGCGGACGUGCUCAGAAAGUUCCGCGGCUUUGCUAAGUCACGGUUCAAUCCCCUGACGGCCAUUUAA